CCCAGGCCUGCCCCUCUCUCCCCUGCCCGCGUCGCUUUCGCCGGACAGGCGGACACCACCACCUGCCGCUUUCCUCUCCCCCGCCCGUCUCCUCCCCGUCCCCCUUUUGACCUCGGUUCCCGGUUGGGAAUCCGCAUCCACCCGCAGCGGCAUUCAAUUCCCUGCCCCCACGAGCACGCCGCCCUGAUUCCCGCGCCCCAACGAGGAAGCCGGCGAUCCCGGGACCGCUGAUGGGCUGUGGAUCGGGUAAAGAGUAGCGAGAAAGGGGAUUGCGUUUGGGUGGUGGUUGAGAUUUGUUCGUGGAUGCCAAGUCUUGCUCGAAUUUGAGGAUGGAAAGGAUGGAUUGGAGCAUUCACAUGAUGUAUCAUGCUAAGAAUUUUUCUGUGCCCUUCGCUCCGCAGAGGGCUCAGAAUAGUGAGCAUGUAAGUAGUAUUGGAGCUAUCGGUGGAUCCAACAUAAGCAACCCUGUUCAUCCUGUAGGAAGUGGCAAACAACGCCUUCGAUGGACUUCAGAUCUCCAUAAUCGCUUUGUGGAUGCCAUUGCGCAGCUUGGUGGACCAGAUAGAGCAACACCUAAAGGGGUGCUCACUGUAAUGGGCGUACCAGGGAUCACAAUUUAUCACGUAAAGAGUCAUUUGCAGAAGUAUCGCCUUGCCAAGUAUAUACCGGAAUCUCCUGCCGAAGGUUCAAAGGACGAAAAAAAGGAUUCAAGCGAUUCCCUAUCCAACACAGAUUCUGCACCAGGAUUACAAAUCAAUGAAGCACUGAAGAUGCAAAUGGAGGUUCAGAAGCGACUUCAUGAACAGCUCGAGGUUCAAAGGCAACUGCAGCUGAGAAUUGAAGCGCAAGGGAAAUACUUGCAGAUGAUCAUAGAGGAGCAACAGAAGCUUGGUGGAUCAAUUAAAGCUUCUGAUGCUUCUGAGGAUCAGAAACUUUCGCAUUCACCUCCAAGCUUAGAUGACUACCCAGACAAUGUGCAGCCUUCUCCCAAGAAACCAAGGAUGGAUGAGCCGUCACCAGAUUCUACGCGGGACAUCACACAACCAGAAUUUGAGUCACAUUUGAUCGGUCCGUGGGAUCAAGAAAUCUGUGGGAAAAACAUAUGUGGUGUUGCAUUCCCAGUGGAUUAGUUCAAAGCAGACCCUGGUAUGAGCAAGUCAUAAAGCAAAGCCUUCCUUGACGGGAAUUCUUCAGAGUUUGACCCUUCCACCGGAUGAUCGUUCGCUUGUGAAUAUAUAUCACCUUAACAGAAUCCUGCACGGAUCUUCGGAUCCACAUAUGAUCCCAUCAGCCACGGUCACACGAUGAUGUUGUCACUGUAGUAUUCACCAUACAGCUCUUGUAAUUACGAGGAUGGUGUUAAAAAUGUUUCAAGCUAGCAUUUCCUUCCUUUGAAGGAACAGUUCUGAGUUGAACCAUGUAGCAAGAAACAAGACACGUUUACACGCAAUACAUUUGCUGUGAAGAGGGCAUGCCCCUGGAGCUACCAAUUUGAGGAA